AUGACAGUUGGAAGCUCUUCUCAACAAGUAUCAAAUGAACCUCAUCUUCAUAAGAGAAAUGAUAAUGAUUUAGAGGGUGACGAUUGCAAAAAUGCCAUUUCAGAAAGUAAGCCGCAUACCAUUGCACAAACUGUAUCAAUAUCCAGUAAUGUUUCUCAGCAGAAGGUUUUCAAGAAACAUAUUCGAGUAAAAGAUCACCUUUUAGAGGUCUUACGCAAAUAUAUCCAAUUUAUAGGACCAGGUCUAAUGGUCAGUGUCGCAUAUAUUGAUCCAGGUAAUUACUCCACUGCUGUCAGCGCAGGUGCCUCUAACCAAUUCUCAUUGCUCUGUAUUAUUCUUUUAUCUAAUUUCAUUGCGAUUUUCUUACAAUUAUUAUGUAUCAAAUUGGGUACUGUCACAGGUCUCGAUUUAUCAAGAGCUUGCCGAAUGCAUUUACCCAAAUGGAUGAACUAUAUCAUUUAUUUCUUUGCAGAAUGCGCCAUCAUUGCAACUGAUAUUGCUGAAGUCAUCGGUACCGCUAUCGCAUUAAAUAUCCUUAUUAAAGUUCCAUUACCGGCAGGUGUUGCCAUUACCGUGGCUGAUGUAUUCAUAAUUAUGUUCACUUAUAAACCUGGUAGUUCAUCGUUGAGGUUUGUUCGUUAUUUCGAAUACGGAGUCGCUGUCUUGGUUAUAGGGGUUUGUAUUUGUUUUUCUAUCGAAUUAGCUUAUAUACCUAAAUCAACAUCUGUCAGGAAAGUGUUCAGGGGAUUCGUUCCAUCUAGUCAAAUGUUUCAACAUAAUGGUAUGUAUACUGCCAUUUCUAUUCUGGGGGCAACAGUUAUGCCUCAUUCUCUAUUCUUGGGGUCCGGAUUGGUUCAGCCAAGAUUAUUGGAUUAUGACGUUCAGCAUGGUAACUAUUCUUUAGUAGAUGAUAAUAAUGAAAAGAAAAAUAAAGAAGAAUUCUUAGAUAAAAGAUAUUUCAAUUAUAGACCAACUUUAGAUGCUAUUAGAUACUGUAUGAAAUAUUCAAUGGUUGAACUUGCCCUAACAUUAUUUACUAUGGCACUAUUCGUUAAUUGUUCAAUAUUGAUCAUUGCUGGUGCCACUUUAUAUGAUACACCAGGGGCUUCUGAUGCAGACUUAUUUGUCAUUCAUGAUCUUCUUUCAAAGACGCUUGCCCCAGCAGCUGGAACAAUUUUCAUGUUAGCCUUACUGUUGAGUGGGCAAUCUGCAGGUAUCGUUUGUACAAUGGCGGGUCAGAUUGUCAGCGAAGGUCACAUCGAUUGGAAAUUAAUCCCAUGGCAAAGAAGAUUGGUCACAAGAUCUAUUUCUAUGAUUCCAUGUUUAUUUAUCUCUAUCUUCAUUGGUAAAGAAGCCAUGUCUAAGGCGUUGAACGCUUCACAAGUGGUAUUGUCAAUUGUCUUGCCAUUUUUAGUAGCACCAUUGAUUUAUUUUACAUGUAAUAAAUCUAUUAUGAAGACAGAGAUUGUACGUAAGAAAGGUACUGAACAAAACUCUAACAUCGAUACAGAAACAAGCGCUGAUGUCGAAAGAGACACCGAUGAUAUAGUACCAGCAGGUAGCAAUGGCGAUGAAGAAGAAGUUGACAUCGUUUAUAUGGCGAAUAAUUGGAUAAUAACAAUCAUUGGGGUCAUUAUUUGGUUAUUCUUGUCAAUGUUGAACACAUAUGCCAUUGUUCAACUAGGCCUUUCGCAUGGUGAUAUAAGCGGCUGA